AUGCGAAAAGUAGGUCAAGUGGUGGCUUAUAUUUUAAAAACUUUAAAAAAAGAAAUAAAGGUCGGAAUGACUGGUCAAGAUUUAGAAAAGCGAGCUCAGCAAUUAAUGAAAGAAAAAAAAGUUAAAUCUUCCAUUAAAGGAUAUUUAGGAUUUUCCGCCGCGAUUUGUGUGUCUUUAAAUAAUGAAUUGACCCACGGGAUUCCGGACAAUCGCUCAUUUAACCAAGGAGACUUGGUAUCUUUUGAU